UGGCACCAGCAAUUCACCCUCCAUCGCCAAACCCUCCACUCUCGAGUAGCAGCUGCCGGGCGACGCCUGCAUUGCGCCAUGACGAGGAGGAGAGCACUGGCCGCCAACGGCAAGGCUCUGAUGGUACUGGCAGUGAUCUUCUUGGGCGGCGGUCUGCUUGUCUCGGCGGUGGCAAGGGAGCGCGAGGAGGUGCCGCCCCUGGUGCCGGCGGUGUACGUUUUCGGCGACUCGACGAUGGACAUCGGGAACAACCGGUACCUGGAGAACGCCGAGCCGCUGCAGUUUCCCUACGGCAUCGACUUACCGGGCGUGCCCACCGGAAGGGCCAGCAACGGAUACGUCAUGUCCGACUCCAUCGCGAGGCAUUUGGGUUUCAACAUGAGUCCGCCGGCUUACCUGUCGCUGACACCAGAAACAAGCCAUCAGAUCCUCCGAGGUUAUGGCGGGGUCAACUACGCUUCCGGUGGAUCCGGCAUUCUCGACGACACCAACACCACCACCCAGUACAUCAUCCCCUUGAGCCAGCAGGUGGAGUACUUCGCGGCCACAAAGUUAGAGAUGACCGAGGACAACCCCGGCGACAUCAAGCACCUGCUCUCCGAGUCGCUCUUCCUCAUCAGUGCCGGCGGCAACGACAUGUUCGCCUUCCUUAAGAAGAACCCGACCCCGACGACAGAGCAGGUGGUGGCUUUCUACACGUCCCUGCUUAACAAGUACGCGCAGCACGUGCGCAAGCUCUACAGGCUAGGCGCUCGGCGGUUCGGCGUCCUCGACGUGCCGCCCAUCGGCUGCUUGCCGCUCAUCAGGAACAGCUCGGAUACCGGAGAGCACGAGUGCGUGGAGGACGCCAACAAGCUCGCCAAGGGCUUCAACGACGCUCUCCGUUGGCGGAUGGCUAUCAUCGCCGGGUUGCGGCCCGAGAUGAGGUACUCCGUGGGGAGCUCCUACGAAAUGGCGCUCUCCUUGACGGAAAACCACCCGGGGAACGGGUUCACGGAGGUGGCCAGCGCCUGCUGCGGCGGCGGGCGGCUCGGCGUCGACGUCUUCUGCAGCCUGCCCGGCGCGACCUUCUGCCGCCGCCGCGACCACCACCUCUACUGGGACUUUGUGCACAGCACCGAGGCAGCUUACAACAAGGGCGCCCAGGCCAUCUUCGACUUACCGGCGGAGCAAAAGUUCGCCACGCCCAUCAACUUCAGGGAGCUCGUCUCUUCUCCUUCAAUGAUCGAUGCGAUUGCACGGUCUUGAUUUUAUCAGCUGCUUAUUUCAGUUUACCUCGUUUGAAUAAUUCAGUUUCACUUAAUUAGCUUUCAGCUAGCUAGCUAGUCUUCUACUAGCAGCUUUUAGUUAUUUCCGUUUGUUGAACUAUGUUAAACCACGAGCCGCGACUGUUGUGCGUGCCGGGUCGUUAGGAUCUUGCAUAUGCCGAUCGAGCUGGGCUUGUUUCCUCCUCGUGAGAUGGCACAACUCGAACGGGAUCGUGCCUAGUGCAACUCGGCAAUGUCGUUUCUAUCGCUAAUAAAAUAAGGAGCAAAUGUUUACGCUGCACAAAAAA